GUGAUCCGAGCUGAGGAUGCGGGAGCAGGUGUGGGCCUCCCGGUCCCCCCGCUGCUUUUUACUCAUCAUCACCGCGCUCACAUCGUCCGUGUCCGCCGACGGAGACCUGCGGCCGUGCGAUGAGACAGACUACUACUACCAGUACACAGAGUGUGACAGCACGGGGUCACGAUGGAGAGUCGCCAUCCCUCUCAAUUCAGGCUCCUGCUCAGACCUCCCGCCUCCGACCAGAGGAACAGACUGCUCUUUCUCCUGUCCGGCGGGGAAGUUUCUAGAGAUGUCCACGCAGCAGUGCACGCCUUGUGCAGCCGGCUCCUAUUCUCUGGGCAGCGGCCUCCGUUUUGACCAGUGGGACGCCAUCCCUGCAGGCUUCACCAGCCUGGCCAGCUUCUUGGACCCCGGGCCAAAUGGAGAGGACAUUCAGGCCUGUAACAGCUCAUCCUGGACGCCACAGGGUGUGUAUCUGGAGUCGAACCGCGACGAGUGUACGGUGUCACUGGUUUACGCCGUCCAUCUGGAGAAACAGGGCUCUGUCUCCUUCACCUACCAGUACCCCGACAGCAACAUCUUCUUUGAGUUCUAUGUCCAGAAUGAGCAGUGUCAGGAAAUGGCCCAGGCUGAGGACCAGAAGUGGAUUAAAGUCACCAGCACUGGAGAAUGGGACACACACACGGUGAGUCUGAAGUCUGGUACAAACAUCCUGUACUGGAGAACCACUGGCAUCCUGGUGGGAGGGAAGAUGGUUAAGCCUGUGCUGCUCAAGAACAUCCAAAUAGAGGGUGUAGCCUACACAUCGGAGUGUUUUCCCUGCAGACCCGGCUGGUUCAGCGCGACCCCCGGCUCUUCGUCCUGCCAGCCGUGCCCCUGCAACACUUACUCCGUGAAGGGGGCGUCCUCCUGUACACCCUGCCCCGAACACCACUACUCACAUGAGGGAUGGGCAGAAUGUAAAGUGAGGCCACCGUGCUCAGAGAAGGAUUACUUCCAGAUCCACACAGCCUGCGACAGCGAAGGGAAGACACAGGUGUUGUACCGCUGGGUGGAGCCAAAAAUUUGCGUGGAGAACAUCACUGGGGCUGUGGAGCUGCCUGCAACGGGGCAGCGGGAGCCCUGCCCCCCCUGCAACCCCGGCUACUACAACAGCAACGACUCCACCUGUUUGCCCUGCCCGCCUGGAACCCACUCCGAUGGCACCAACGCGUGUGCUGAGUGCCUUGCAGGUACGGAGCCAGUGUUAGGCUACGAGUAUAAGUGGUGGAACGUGCUGCCUUCCAACAUGAAGACUUCCUGUUUCAACGUGGGCAACUCCAAAUGUGACGACAUGAACGGAUGGGAGGUAGCAGGGGACCACAUUCGCAGCGGAGUAGGGAGUUCGGAUAACGACUAUCUCAUCCUCAGCCUUCAUGUGCCCGGCUUCAAGGUCCCAGCCUCACUUUCAGGGAUGACCGGUAGCGAGUUUGGCCGGAUAACCUUUGUGUUCGAGACCAUCUGCUCCGCCGAUUGUGAGCUCUACUUCAUGAUGGAUGUGAACAGGAAGAGCACCACGGUGGUGGAGUCAUGGGAAGGCAGUAAGGGGAAACAGUCGUUCUCACACAGCAUGACCAGGAACGCCUCUGUCGCAUAUACAUGGGCCUUCCAGAGGACCAACCAUGCUCUAGAUGUGCGGUGUUAUGUCAGUGACAUGGUGAAGCUGUACUCCAUCAGUGUGACCAACGUCCUGGAUGGGGUGGCGUCGGCGUGUCGGGUCUGCGCUCUGGUCCCCCAGAACUCCCAGCGGGCCGGCUCCUCCUGUGUUCCCUGCCCCGCUGGUUUUUACAUAGACCGAGAAACCAACAGAUGCCAGGAGUGCCCGCCCAACACGUACCUGGCGGGACGACACACCUAUGGACAGGACGCGUGUGUCGCAUGUGGACCUGGAAGUAUUAGCAACAAGGAACACUCUCGGUGCUACAGCAAAUGCUCCUUCUCCCACAGCGAGAACAACCGCACGCUGACCUUUGACCUCAGCCCUCUGAGCCAAGUGGCCUCGCUCACCAUCGGACCGAGUUUCACCUCUAAAGGCACAAAGUACCUUCACCUGUUCAACAUCAGCCUGUGUGGCCAUGAGGGGAAGAGAGCCGCUAUCUGCACAGAUAACGUCACCGACGUGUCCAGCAAAGACGACCAGAGCGACUUGGCUCAGUUCGUCAACUCAGUGGACAGCUUCAUCUGCCAAUCAACCAUCAUACCAGCAGACGGGCGGGGUUUCAGGAUGGCCAUUUCCUCCCAGUCCAUCAGCCUCGCAGACACUUUCAUUGGAGCAACAGUGGACACCGUCCUGAAUGGCGUGAACGCUAAACCGGAUCUUUUCCCAGAAAACUCGAUGGACGUUCCAGACAUCAACUUCUUCUACAGGUCUACCCAGGCAACAGCCUCAUGUGAUCAGGGCCGGAGCUCAGUCAUCACUGUCCGCUGCAACCCAGAGAAGUCUGAACGAGGAGAACUCUCCGUGCCCAGCUCC